AAUUCUGCAAGUGGUUCUAAUUUACUAUCGCUGUUCUCUAGCUGGUCUAAAACUGCUUUUGACCUAAAGGGACACUUUUUGGACACCAUGGACGUUUCUCAGUUUCCAGGCAGAAAGAACAGUAAAAAUGCAGGCAGGGCACAGGACAAAGCACUAGGGACAAAAUGUAUGUGAAAUGGUUUGAUACAUGAAUGUCACUUUGUCAUUUUAAAAUUUCCCGCCGUUCCGUCCCCCCCGUACGUUCCGACACUCGGGGGGGACAUUGCCGGGGACACUGCAGGAGGGACAUCGCGGGAGCGCAGG